UGAAGCUAAGCGCUAAAAUUAUAAUUGUUUUGUGUGAUUUGAAGUGUUUUAAUGUAUUGACAAGAGAGUUAUGUGAACGAGUAAAUAAUCUACAAUGGAAGCGAACGAUUUAAUUGCUAAAUUGAAGGCGGACGGGUCAGCCAACGAUGUUCAUGACUUGGACAAAGUUUACUCUGAUUACAAGGCACUUUUAGAGAAAUUACCAUCAAAAGACAAGGGAGUUUUCUCUCUAAACGUUCUAUGUAUACUUUGUAGAAAUAUUGACAAAGUUCCAUCAUGGCGCGACAAGAUAGACUCCAAAGCGUUGCUGAACUUGUCCAUAGACUGCGUGCGGCAGACGAGGGGCCUGGAGAAGCCCGAGCGAGUGAAGGUUCUGGCUUGCGUGUAUCAUAUACACAAGUUCAUUGUGAGACAGCCGUCCCAGCCACCACCAGAGCUGGUCCUCAAACUCUCCUACAUGCCAUUCGAGUACGAGCAGAACAACCUGCUCUCCGAAUACUGCAAGACGUACUGGAACCUCCUCGCCGACCGACUCAUGUUCAUAGAAAAGUUCAAGACCGGACGCCGAGCCAUCAUCAAACUGUUACCAAAACUUAUCGAAGACAUACAGAAAAUUAUACACAUGUAUGACAGCGUACAAUUCUGUAAUACUAUACUAGUGUUUCUAUUAAAGAAAUUACACUUUCUUUACAAUACGGAGCAUGCGAAAGAGCUGAACAAGAGUUUCGGAAUGAUAUUUGAAAGUUUAUCGUUAAAAAAAGAUGUGAAAUCGUUUAAGAAGUUAACUGAGAAAGAAAUGCUGGAGCUGUAUGUAAAAUUCAGCGACUGCUUUUAUGUUAUAGCGGAAAAUGCAACGAAAUUGAAUUUUCAAGAUUCCGUAUUGACUGCGGCGGUUCGUAGCUGUAUUCCUUUCAUCGGUCAUGCUCCGGAGCUGUUCCACUGUUUACAGACAUUCUACUUGAAUUCAUUCUGCUGUAUAUUGACCGAUAAUGAUAAUCCCAGCAUCAAUGAGACUGUGUUAAACAGUUUGAUAAUUUCUUGUGAAACUACGGAGAGAUUGGGAUAUUUAAAAGCGAUGAGAGCUACUUAUCCAUACAUAAAUCAAUUAUUAAGAGUAUUUAUCGAAUAUAAUUUAACAAAGUUAACACUAACAGAUGAAAGUCAAGAAACUUGCCUUAAACUGAUAAUUCUUUUACUUGAUAAACUAAAAGAUACUGAACAGUUGUUGAAAUGCGAUAACUGUAAGAUUAAAUCAGGUUUACACGACGCUUUGCGUCUAUCGUUUUUGGCUAAAAACUUCGUUUCCGCCUGUCUUAACUCAAAACAGGAUGUCAACAUGAUUCUACAGCCAUAUCUAAUGAUUAUAAAAAAACAACACAUAAUAUUAACCGAUCUAUGCCGCCUAGGUUGCUCAAAUCAUGAAAAAUGCCUCCGUAAGCUACAAACUGACAUACAUAACACCGCUAUACUUUUAAACAAGGCAGAAAAUUAUAACUCAGCGAUACAACUGUUCGACUUAUAUUUAACGCAUGAAUUCCUUCACUUUAAAACGGCUCAGGACUUGAAAAAUAUAAGCCGAGCCUUAUAUAACAAGAGUAUAUGUGAGUUAGACUGUAGAAUGUAUGAGAGAGCGCUUAUAGAUGGGUUUUUGAGUUUAGUUUUCGCUCAGCCCGAAGGUCUUAGCUCGGAGAAGUAUAUGAGUCUAGUUAUGGAUGUGAAGGCUAAGGCUCUUAAAGGCUGUGACGAUGAAGAGCUGCAGAUGAUGACGGUGCUAGACGCUUGUAAUGUGGCCAUUGAGACGAAAUUGUAUGGGAAUUUGAAGCCGUUCUUCGGUCAUUUAGAGUUCAACACAUUGCUCCACCACGAAUUCACCCUGUAUGGUCGUCUGUGGCCGUCGCUGUCGCCUGUGGCCGGCGUGUGGCGCGCGCUACAUUACCUCUCUUCCGGCAAGCGACAUGCUUGGAUGUGCGCACAACCCCCCUCCCUAGACACCCUCUACUCCGUCAUUCUCCACACGCCCACCGCCGUCCGCACAAUCCACAGCGCGCACAUCGCCGCAAUCUUGUCUUCUAUACUAGACAACAUGGCGCGCACGGGCGACGUCAAAGUGAAAGUGACGGAGGCUACGCUGCUGUUCUUGAAGGCGGAGAUGGAUUUGACUGACACAGGUGUGAAAUAUGAAUGGAAGAUUAAAGAACAGUUUUACAUAUUGUCGUCUAUACUAGACAACAUGGCGCGCACGGGCGACGUCAAAGUGAAAGUGACGGAGGCUACGCUGCUGUUCUUGAAGGCGGAGAUGGAUUUGACUGACACAGGUGUGAAAUAUGAAUGGAAGAUUAAAGAACAGAGCAUAGACCCCGACUUGGUCCCUUGCUGCCGGACCCUAGAACAGGAGCACACAGUCCUCAAACCCGCUCUGCGAGGAGUGAAGAUAUGGACGGAGGUUCUGUCGCGACUGGACGACGUACCGCAAGAUUUCCUGACAUCGCCUCUGCUCGUGUUGCGUGUUAUGUUACAGCAACUGUUGCACGUACGGAGCGUGUACGCGUUGCAGCUGGCGCAUGUAGCACUGCGAGUCAGCCAGCAUCUUCAAGACAGCGUGUACGCGUUGCAGCUGGCGCAUGUGGCCCUGCGAGUCAGCCAGCAUCUCCAAGACAGCGUGUACGCGUUGCAGCUGGCGCAUGUGGCCCUGCGAGUCAGCCAGCAUCUCCAAGACAGAGAGGCAUACUUAGAAGCGGCUGGUGUCAUACUGUCCCGCGCGUAUAAGCCGAGCGAGCAUCUACGUCGCAUACUGUCUCUGUCUGCCGAGUGGGCAGGGCGCAUGAUGGAGGAGGAUAGAACCAGGGAGGCGGCGCUAGUCUUCUUAUGUGAUGCUGCUAUAUACUACCACAACACGAAACAAGCGGCCGCCUCAGCGAAACUCAUCCGCGUGGUGCAAUCCAGCCUCCUAAACGAUAUGGACUCUAUGCCUAUAGCAAUAGGGCGUGUUUUAGACGCUCAGGCGCUCUAUGGAGACCUCAGUGCGAGCGUCAACGCUCAAAGGCACUACCUCACUACACAAUCCAGCCUCUUAAACGAUAUGGACUCUAUGCCUAUAGCAAUAGGGCGUGUUUUAGACGCGCAGGCCCUCUAUGGAGACCUCAGUGCGAGCGUCAAUGCUCAGCGGCACUACCUCACUGUUGGGAACACUGCAAUAGGGCGUGUUUUAGACGCGCAGGCGCUGUAUAAAGACCUCAGUGCGAGCGUCAAUGCUCAGCGGCACUACCUCACUGUUGGGAACACUGACGCGCAGGCCCUCUAUGGAGACCUCAGUGCGAGCGUCAAUGCUCAGCGGCACUACCUCACUGUUGGGAACACUGACGCGCAGGCGCUGUAUGGAGACCUCAGUGCCAGCGUCAACGCUCAAAGGCACUACCUCACUGUUGGGAACACUGCAAUAGGGCGUGUUUUAGACGCGCAGGCCCUCUAUGGAGACCUCAGUGCGAGCGUCAAUGCUCAGCGGCACUACCUCACUGUUGGGAACACUGCAAUAGGGCGUGUUUUAGACGCGCAGGCGCUGUAUAAAGACCUCAGUGCGAGCGUCAAUGCUCAGCGGCACUACCUCACUGUUGGGAACACUGCAAUAGGGCGUGUUUUAGACGCGCAGGCGCUGUAUGGAGACCUCAGUGCCAGCGUCAACGCUCAAAGACACUACCUCACUACACAAUCCAGCCUCCUAAACGAUAUGGACUCUAUGCUUAUAGCAAUAGGGCGUGUUUUAGACGCGCAGGCGCUCUAUGGAGACCUCAGUGCCAGCGUCAAUGCUCAGAGGCAUUACCUCACUACACAAUCCAGCCUAACAAACGAUAUGGACUCUAUGCCUAUAGCAAUAGGGCGUGUUUUAGACGCUCAGGCGCUGUAUGGAGACCUCAGUGCGAGCGUCAACGCCCAGAGGCACUACCUCACUGUUGGGAACACUGAGAGCACCUGGUGCCUCCGCCAGCGCCGCUCGCUCUUCCUCAAGCAGAGCAUAUUCUCGGCCAGCCUCCGGGCCGUGUCACUGUCCCGCUCGCUCCGCCUGCGUCGGAGAGGGAGGGCCGCCGCCGCCUGCGCGCUCGCCUCCGCGUCCGCUGAAGCGAGGCUCGCGCUGUGUGUGGCCGCCACUGAUCCUAGCCGGUGUGACGUGGCCAGAGCAACGAUCGACCAACGGCUCAAACGCAUCGUCGGCCUCCGAUCCAACGAGUGUGCCCUCCAAGAGCCGAUCCAAAACGACCCCAAAACCGCCCCCCUCACCCCCCAACUAGAGGCCGUACGCGACGCACGCAUACCCAGAAAACAUCAAACUAGUCCAUCCAUACCCAUUGAGUAUGUCGCCGCUUUCAAGACACCAGAGUUUUUUGACCAUUCCACCAAAUGCGAGUGUUACGUGUGCGAGACACCUUCAAUAUUCAUUUUGGCGUCCCAAUUGCUAGGUUUGGAAGCCAGCGUGUAUUAUAGAGGCAGAGAAUUCGAUGUCGCUAAGAAUUACUUCAACGGUGUUUUAGAAAACUUCUGUAAUGUCGAAAGCAAGAUAAAAGCGGCCAUGAGAAAGCUUAGAGAGAAAUUCGAGAAAUAUGUCGUUGAUAUAAUUGAGAAAAGUUUUGAAAAGGAGCUUUUUAAUGUUGAGCUGGAGAUUUUGAUAGAAGCUGCGUAUUUUGAGCUUUCACAGAAGAAUUACGCUAAGUCUGACGAUUAUAUAUACGUGAGAAUCAGUGAGAUACUUCAAGCGGCUGACGUAGAUGGUUACACUAAGAAUGAAAUCAUGAAUUUGAUGACCGCUUCUGAAAUUUUAAGGAAAUCUGACAAAAUACCAGACAUAGUGACGGAUAUUGAGAAUGAUUUGGAAAAUCUCAAACUUACACCUACUAAAGAUAUACUGAAAACGCCAGAAGCGAAGCGUAGUAAACCGCCUGUGUUCAACAAAGUGGUUGUAAAUAAAGAAGAACUGCCAGAUUUGAAAUGUAAGAUACCAGUUCUUAAUUUCGACGAGCCAGAAGAACAGAUUGUGCCUAAGAAGAAAAUCAACUUCAAAAUACCAAUCCCGAUAACUAGUAAACCUGUACUUGAAACUAUAACUCCGAGACCCCGUUCCAAAGUAAAUAUAUUAGUUACUGAACCUUCCGAUGAAGAUAUAGAUGUAGCCAUGACUCCGCAGACGGAUAAGUCGAAAGUUGAAUUCUUCACCCCCUCCGAAUCGACCCCGGAUCAGUUUUUCACCCCCCAAACGUCAGUGAAAACUUAUGCGAAGAAAUCUUUGAGGCAGAACAUUGUUAAGAAUUUGGAGCAAGAGUUUUCUUUGAAAGAAAUUCCGAAAGAUUCGAAAAGACUUUCGAAGACUGUAAGUUUAGAUGAUACAAAAAACAAAGAUGUAAAGAGACUUUCAAAGAAUAUAAGUCUAGAAGGUGACUCUAAAGAAAACGCUAAACCAAAUAUACCAAAACCACAAAAAAUAGAGGCGUCAAAGAUUCUAGAGCCAAAAAGAGGUAGAGUGGAGACUGGGUCUCUCCGGACCUUGAAAGACCGAAGGCUCAAGCGCUCCACCAGCCCAGGAACGCUGCCCAAAGAGGACCUUAAGGAUAACCCGAGGACUAGGCUCAGGAAACCAGCGGUGAAGGUUGAGAGGGAUGACAAAAAAUAACAGAUUGACAGCUGUCAAAAACAUAUAAUAGGGACUAUUUUUCAAGGUAUUUCAGUGUGUUGUAAAAGUUUUAAAAGGGACUUAUUCAAAAUAUGACAGAUGAGUUAAGGGGCUACCCGAGGUUUUCAUC